GAGUCAGUGGUGGCAGAGGAAUUAUAAAGGCGAUGAAGGUGCAGCCAAGUCCCCGGUAGUGUGUGCCAGAUUUAAGCUGAUUUAAAAUUGUGCAGACUGACUCUGAAACUUUCUUUACACAAGGGACAACGACUUUUGGAAAAAAAGUGUUCUUUUUUCUGCCAGCAGUGUGAGCCUGGCUUAGGGAACCUGCUGAGGUGUGCUCACCUUGUAAAGGCAACAUGGUCGGUGGUGUUUUGCAGAUUGCUGGGCUGCUUGUUGGUGGCCUUGGCAUGAUCGGAACAUUUGCUGUCACGGGCAUGCCUCAGUGGAGGGUGUCUGCCUUCAUCGAGAACAACAUCAUCGUGUUUGAGACCAUUUGGGAAGGCCUGUGGAUGCACUGCAUCAGGCAAGCCAACAUCAGGAUGCAGUGCAAAGUCUACGACUCCGUGCUGGCCCUCUCGCCGGACCUGCAGGCAUCCAGAGGGCUGAUGUGUGCUGGAUCGGUGCUCUCCUUCCUCUCUUUUGUGGUCGCCAUCGUUGGGAUGAAGUGCACGCGGUGCGUGCAGAGCAGCUGGCAAGCCAAGGGCUAUAUUAUUCUGACAGCUGGGCUCCUCUUCAUUCUUUCGGGUGCAGUCGAGCUUAUUCCAGUCUGCUGGGUUGCCAACACCAUCAUCAGUGACUUCUAUAACCCCAUGAUCAACGUUGCACAGAAAAGGGAGCUUGGAGAGGCCCUUUACCUGGGCUGGGCAGCUGCCUUCUGCCUCAUCGCUUCUGGAGCCAUAUUCUGUUGCUUUUACCGCUGUUGUGAGAAAACUGGAAGCUACGGAUACUCUGCACCAACCCACUACCCCACUCACAGCCAGCAUUUGCACAGCAAGACUGAAAGCUCAUACUCCAAGAGUCAGUACGUCUAGAUGCCUCCUGCCUUUUCCUAUUUUUGAAGCAUUUAAUCUGCCUGGAUGGAUUUCAGUUUCUGCACAAAAGGGCAGCUCAAAAGCUGCCUUUUCCUUCUGCCCUGUAACUGCUGCUGUUGGGGCUGCGUUUUGGAGCUGCAGUUACCCCCAGUGGGCUCUGCUGUGGCUAUCGUUACAGCACGGACAAUUUUAAUGCAUGGAAAGGUGAAUGCUUAAUAUUCUUUUAAUAGUAACUGGGAAUAGCUCUGGGGUUGCGUGCUUUGCUUUGGGUUGCAUUAUAUGUGUAAAACAGUAAUAAAGGGCUUAAAGUUCCACUGUGAUAUGAAAUUCUGGCCUAUUGCAAGGAAGAGGGCAGUUAAGCAGCUGGAGGGGUUUUUUGUCCCUGCCUGGGAAAGAGGUGCUAACAGUGAAUAAGGACAAGAUAAUAAUGGUUUAAAAGAAAAGCAUUCGCUAAGGGGUUGAUUUACUGUAGGUAUAAUGGGAAGUUACAUGAAGAAUUUAUUCAGCAGAGGAAGGUAAGCUGAAAUAUAUGAAAAAUAUCCCUUAUUUCAGAGAAUAAACAUAGCUCUAUGUUCAUCCUAAAUACCAUCUUUUUGGCGAAAGUUAAUAUUUCUGUUGUAAUCCAUAUAGGUCAGACUCAUUCACAUCACUCUUUUUAGAAGCAGUAAUUUUCCCUUGCAAACUCCUCACAGCUUACAACAUUUUGCAGUAUUGCACAGAUCACAAACGCUGUGUUGGUUCCUUGCCACAAGACUCUGUGAUAUAUACCUUUUUAAAUAAGGGUCUUUUGUACAGUCAGGCCUAUAUUUUUGCUGAGACCCACUCACACCACCAUAGUUUAUAGGCAAAAAGAACAUAAACAGCGAUAGUACUUUCUCACAGUUCACAUUAAAACAAGCUAAACAAUGUUUUUAAUAAUAAGAUCAUGGUAAGCAACCCCUGAAAAAUAGUUCCAUAAAAAUUAAUUAAUUAAUUUAAUAAAUGUCCCAAAUUAAUCAAUAGUAGUAAUAUUUUUAUAGAAUUUUGUAAACAAUGGAUAAGGUGUCACUCCAGACCCACAGAAAUCAUUGGAAUUUUGCCUUUGACUGAAUUGGAAACAUGGUUCAAUUUGUGCUGUUUAAUGGAGAACAACAUUCUUGUUCUGGAGUUUAAUUGACUGUUUUAAAUAUUUUAUAGAAAGCUUAUUAUGUGAUCUGUAAUUCUCUAGUAAAUUCCUUGGACUAUUACUACUUGAAAGUUUGGAAGCAAAUUUUUCACUUUGUAAAAUGCAAAUCUGAACAAGCUAGAAGAAAGCAAAAUCUGCACUAGAAUUCUCUUCACAGUGUUUGUAAGAUACAUAGUAAGAUGUGCUUGGUUAUGUAAUUUUAUUUUUCCUCCUCUUUUUAUAGAAAAUUGUUUCUACAUAUGUAUAUGUGUAACGUGCGUGACCUUUCUGUAAUAUAA